AUGGCAGUGCAUUUGUUUGGGGCUGUGUCUGCACCAUCAAGUGCUUAUUAUACCUUGCGAAAAACUGGUAUAGAUAACAUAUGCAAUGCAAGAGAAGAAACAUUCAACACACUACAUAACAAUUUCUACAUGAACGAUGGACUGAAGUCAGUGGAAAAUGUUGAACAAGCCAUUCAACUGGUGAAGGAUCUGAAGGCUUUGUGCAAAGAAGGAGGCUUCAGCUUCACCAAGUGGUCUAGCAAUGUGCGAGAAGUUUUGAGAGAGAUCCCCCUGAAUGAUAGAGCUAUAGAACAGACGGAUUUGGAUCUGGAAUCAUCUCAGCUUCCUACAGAGCGAGCACUAGGAGUAUUGUGGAAUGCAGAGACCGAUGAGUUCCAAUUCAAGUGCUAA